CGCCCGCCGCCGCCGGCCCCUCGCCCUCUCCCCGGCCUGCCUUGGACCCUUCCCCUCCCCCGCCCCGGCACACGCGGGAAUCUGGCGAGGAACUGCCAUGUGAUGCGCGUCCUCUCCGCGAGCUUUCGGUGACCCCCGAACCGCCCACCGCGCCGGCUGCCGGGAGGGGCUGCACGCUGGGGAGACGCGGGGAAGAGGAGGCGGCAAAGGACGCAAAGUUCUCCGGCGAGUGCAGCUGUCUACUGGGGAAGAGAGGUUUACAGGAACGAGGAGAAACUCCGGGAACUGCCUCAUUGUGACAUGUCUGAUCCCUCACUCCAGUCCCUGCAGCAUGAACAAGGUGGACACUCCCUGACCUGUCACGAGGUUGCCCAGCAAAACUUUGGGGUCCAUGUCUGAAUGGAUUGCUGCAGCCAUCUCAUCUCUCCCUUUGCCCAGUUCCCUGCAUCCUAAGACUCAAAGCCAGCACAGGACCUGAAAAAAUUACAUGGUGUGAACGGCAUGUCUGUGGAUGAGAAGCCUGACUCCCCCAUGUAUGUGUAUGAGUCCACAGUCCACUGCACCAACAUCCUCCUGGGCCUCAAUGACCAGCGGAAAAAGGAUAUUCUCUGUGACGUGACUCUGAUCGUGGAGAGGAAGGAGUUCCGGGCCCACCGGGCUGUGCUGGCCGCGUGCAGCGAAUACUUCUGGCAGGCGCUGGUUGGGCAGACGAAAAAUGACUUGGUGGUCAGCUUGCCUGAGGAGGUCACAGCCAGGGGCUUUGGGCCGCUGUUACAGUUUGCCUACACCGCCAAGCUGUUACUCAGCAGAGAAAACAUCCGCGAGGUCAUCCGCUGUGCCGAGUUCCUGCGCAUGCACAACCUGGAGGACUCCUGCUUCAGCUUCCUGCAGACCCAGCUCCUGAACAGCGAGGAUGGCCUGUUCGUGUGCCGGAAGGACGCGGCGUGCCAGCGCCCCCACGAGGACCGCGAGGACUCCGCAGGGGAGGAGGAAGAGGAGGGGGAGGAGACCAUGGACUCAGAGCCGGCCAAGGUGCCCUGCCCCAGGGACCAGAUGCUGCCAGAUCCCGUCAGCUUUGAGGCCACUGCCAUCCCAGUCACAGAGAAGGAAGAAGCCUUGCUGCCCGAGUCCGACGGACCGACGGACGCCAAGGAGAGCUCCGAAAAGGACGCGUUAACGCAGUACCCCAGAUACAAGAAAUACCAGCUUGCAUGUACCAAGAAUGUCUAUAAUGCAUCGUCACACAGUACCUCAGGUUUUGCAAGCACGUUCGGUGAAGAAAACUCUGGCCACAGCCUCAAGCCAGGAGUUGCCAUGGGGCAGAUUAAAAGUGAGCCUCCCAGUGAAGAGAACGAGGCAGAGAGCAUCACGCUCUGCCUGUCCGGGGACGAACCAGACAGCAGAGACCGAGCUGGGGACCUGGAAACCGACGGGAAGCAGCCCAGCCCCGGCCCCGGCCCCGCGCCACCUGCCGGAGCCGCCUGCCUGGAGCGGUCCCGGAGCGUGGCCUCUCCCUCCUGUUUAAGGUCUCUGUUCAGCAUAACAAAAAGUGUGGAGUUGUCUGGUCUGCCCAGCACAUCUCAGCAGCACUUUGCCAGGAGUUCAGCAUGCCCUUUCGACAAGGGGAUCACUCAGGGUGACCUUAAAACUGACUACGCCCCUUUCCCGGGGCAUUAUGGACAGCCCCACAUGGGCCAGAAGGACGCGGCCAGCUUCCCGAUGGGUUCCCCCCUCAAGGGGCCUGGGUUGGAGACUCUCUGUAAACAGGAAGGAGAGUUGGACCGGAGAAGCGUGAUCUUCUCCUCCAGCGCUUGUGACCAAGCGAGCACUUCGGUGCACCCGUAUUCUGGGGUAAGCAGUUUGGACAAAGACCUCUCCGAGCCGGUGCCAAAGGGUCUGUGGGUGGGGGCUGGCCAGUCCCUCCCCAGCUCACAGGCCUACCCCCACGGUGGGCUGACGGCGGACCACUUGCCAGGAAGGAUGCGGCCCAACACAAGCUGCCCGGUGCCAAUCAAAGUGUGCCCUCGCUCGCCCCCAUUGGAGACCAGGACCAGGACAUCGAGCUCGUGCUCCUCCUAUUCCUACGCCGAGGACGGGAGCGGGGGCUCACCCUGCAGCCUCCCGCUCUGUGAGUUCUCCUCCUCGCCCUGCUCCCAGGGAGCCAGAUUCCUUGCCGCAGAUCAUCAGGAGGCAGGCCUGAUGGCAGACGGGAUGUACAACCCAGUCCGGCCCCAGAUUAAAUGUGAGCAGUCUUACGGAACCAACUCCAGUGACGAAUCCGGGUCGUUCUCGGAAGCAGACAGUGAGUCGUGUCCUGUGCAGGACAGGGGCCAGGAGGUCAAACUUCCCUUUCCUGUAGAUCAAAUCACAGACCUUCCAAGGAACGAUUUCCAGAUGAUGGUUAAGAUGCACAAGCUAACCUCAGAGCAGUUAGAGUUCAUUCAUGACGUCCGACGGCGCAGCAAGAACCGCAUUGCAGCCCAGCGCUGCCGCAAGAGGAAAUUGGACUGCAUCCAGAAUUUAGAAUGUGAAAUCCGCAAACUGGUGUGUGAGAAAGAGAAGCUGUUGUCAGAGCGGAAUCAGCUGAAAGCGUGCAUGGGAGAACUGUUGGACAACUUCUCCUGCCUUUCGCAGGAGGUCUGCCGAGACAUCCAGAGCCCCGAGCAGAUCCAGGCCCUGCAUCGGUACUGCCCUGUCCUCAGACCCGCGGGGCUCCCCACAGCCUCCAGUAUUACCCCUGCGCCCCUGGGCGUCGAGCAAAACCUCGCCACUUCCCAGUGCGCAGUGGGGGAGAACAUGCCCUGCUGCUUGGAGCAGGGCACGGCUCCCCCAGGGCUGCCCUGGGCGCCCAGCAGCACCUCAGAGAACUGCACCUCUGCGAGGAGGCUGGAAGGCCCUGACCUGGGAACCUUCUCAGAGAGAGGCCCUCCUCUUGAACCCAGGAGCCAAACGGUGACCGUAGACUUCUGCCAGGAAAUGACUGAUAAGUGUACAACGGACGAACAGCCCCGGAAAGAUUAUACCUAGUGGCCUGGCCUGCCUCCCAGUUCUGACACCUCUCCUACCCGGCUGUUCGUCGGUCAGCCUGUGGCGCUGUUCCUCUGUUGUCUGGAAGAACCGAGAAGGAAUUUGGUGCACACUACAGCUUUCUUAGCAGCAAUACUGUUUCUAAGCGUUCCCUCCUCUGUGCCAGAAGGAGUGAUACAUAGUUACCUUCACAUUGGUGCUACCCCUUGCUUAGGCAAGGAAAGACAGCAGUGGCGGACACUGUCUGUCUGUGGGUUCAUUUCAGUCGUAACAGGGAUAGACUGUCACACCUCUAGGACCCAACCACGGAUUUUUUUUCUCAGUGGCCCAUGUCACAAACCCUAUCUCAGGAAUUUCUUCUGAAUGUUCAAUUUUUUUCAUUGAAGACAGCUUCUAUAACACAUCAAAGUUUUAUAGCUAGACUGUACAUAUUAUAUAUAAUAUAUAUAUAAAAUACAUAUAUAUAUAUAUCCGUAUGCAAAAGUCCUGCAUGCCUCAAGUUGCUCAUCCUAAAACUGGAAACUUCAUUUCUCACUUAUCAACAGGUUCCAACAUUCCUCUUCUUUUGCCUCUGAUGCUAGAACGCGUUUGGUAACUAUAAACACGGUCGUUUUUCUUGCUUUGCAGUUCAUUGAUUUGUACUUAUUUAUGGACAAAAUUCGGUGUUGGAAGCUUUCUUUCAGACUUUUUUUUUUUCAAUUCGGUUUGGGCGCCACCACAUGGUGUCACUCGAGUACUGUGAGCCGGUUGUUUCUAGCAGAUUCUGUACAGUCACUGUCCAUUUUGCCACUUGCACUGAGUUUUGGGUCAACCCUAUUUUCUUAAAUGAAGUUGUAACUUCAGUAUAACUCAAGUAUACUGUAUAUUCUUUGCUCUUAGUUAAAAAGUAAGACAUUUUAGCUAAUUAAAAAGCACUCAGGUGAUAAUCAUGUAGGAAAAACAAUCUUGCCAAAUAAGGAAUUCAUCCUAGGAUGUGUAGACAAUAAUCUGCUUGGAUAUUUUUAUAUUUCCUCUCCUCCCCACCUUUCCCUCAGCAAACUUUAAAUGCAGAUCGAGUUCACAGUUGAUGCUGGAUGUUCAAAUUCCUGCGUGCGGAGAGAGUUUGGACAUCUUACUCUAAAGUGCAUCAAAAGCAGCAGGAAUCUAUGAUUUUUAUACCAGAGUUCAGCAGGCAUUGGCUCCUAGAAAUCAAGUUGGAACUUUUUUUAACCCUGGGAGUAAGUCCCAUUCAUUUCAACACCUCAUAGGCGUCUGCUCACUCUCGGAAGUGUAGAAAGGUAGGACCUGCUCCUUUGAAUGACUUGAGUGAUCAGCCACCCUGCUUGCCCGCCCAGGACUGGCUUCCCAGGACAUCUCACCUGCAGGGAUCUGAGUCACAGCCCUGGGGGUCCUGCCUGUGAGUGGCCGUCCAGGGUUAGUGCAGCUUGCCCAAAGUAGGAGAGCGCAGGGCAGAGGUGAGCCUGAGCUCCGUCAGUGGUGCAGGCAAAAGCACUUCUUUCUUCCAUCUCUCCCCAAAUGCUUUGAGUUGAAUUCUGAGGUUUUUCCACCAGUCUUUCGUCUAAAGGCAGAUUUCAUUCCAGAGGCUUUGGACGUUACACGUCCAGGAGCCCCCUUGCCCUACACACCCACCACACACACACCUACCCUAACCUGAUGAUAAUUUUCUUGCUGCAAAACCGGCUGGCUUGCAACCCACAGAGAGCAGCUUCCCUUGGCCCUGGGGUUGUGCUGCCCCCCACCCCCACCCCACCCCGGCCACAUUUACAGGAAGAUGUGCCCGAGACCGCACAGCCAGCCCCGAGGAGGAGGAAUCCACUCCCUUCCUCCAGGGGGCCUCCCGCCUGGCUGAGGGAAGAGUCCAGAAGGUUUGAUGGGGGGACGGGGUGGAGGGAUGGGCCCGUGGGCCCAGGGGACUAGAUGGUUGACUUUGUUUCUUUAUUUGUGCCAUUGUUUGGACAAUAUUAAAGCUGCAUGUGAAAGGAGAAAUUAGUAUAUGAUGUAGGCAAAAAGUGAAAUCAUAGUAACAUGUUUUAAUAUUACUAACUUUUUUCUGUACAAAUAUUAGUGCUAAGUGUGGAAAUAUGUCUGAAUGCCAGGAAUGUGUUGGUUCAAGCAGUAGAAAAAAGAAAAGGCGAUUCUUUUAAAGUAGUUCCACUUUUAAAACCUGCCUCUGGGUUUUUGUUUUCUGUGUGUGUGUGUGUGUGUGUGUGUGUGUGUGUGUGUGUGUGUGUGUGCUUGUAUGAGAUAGAUUUUGAUAAAGCUUUAUGCUGGAGCUACUCUUUUCAAUACAGUUGUUGGAAUUUCUUGGCCCAGUAGAACAGUUCUGUGCUUCACCAUGAGGUUUGCCUUUGUGGAGAACUGGUGACAGCUCGAAUUUAAACUCAAUGUGAAUCGUGCGCUACAUCACAGGUAUGCGUUACAGUGGAGGAGGCCGCCAGCAGUAUUUUUUUUAACGCUCUUUGUUGCCUUUUCUAAGUGACCACCUCCUCUGUUCAAAAAGAAAUGUUUUCUGCUCGUAUCAUAACCAGGUCCAAACCAGCUCGUUGGCAUGUUACCCAGUAACAACUCACAUGCAAUUUGCAGUCUUGACCACGUCCCGCCAGUUUCCCCGCCAUCAGCUGUUGGGCCGGCACACACCUGGGUACCACCAGCCUUCUAUGGAUGGGGGGUGGGGGUCUCUCUAUUUCUCUCCACCCUAACUCAGCUCACCUCCUCCUACCAACCCCUGCCGCCUCGCUUUUUUUUUUUCUUUCUCUUACCCAGCCAAGCGCUUGCUGUGGGAACUGGUUAAAAAAACUGCUCAAGAAACCAUCUUUGGAUUUCUUAGAGAUUUUUAACAAGCUGUUAUGAUUUUGUUCACUAUCCCACCGUGAACAGCAGCUGGCUCUGUGCGGCUGUUUAUAUGCCCCAUCUCAUCUUUUACCCUCUGAACCACGUGUUUGUCAAAAUCAUUUCUGGGGUGAUUCCAAGGGAGGACUAGCCAGGGACCAGAAUCCACGUUGCCUCAAGCGGAGUUUUAAAAACCAGCCUCCUAGGAUCCCUUAGGGAAGCGAAGCCUGUGAUUUCUAUGAAAAAGAGAAGCAAGUUCGUGCAAGGAAUAGUGUUUGCACAGCAUGGUGAUAUUUAACUUUCUUUUUAAGGGCCCUUGCUCCCAAAAUUGCAGGGCCCUGUAGCUGUGGACCGUUUAGGGGGGUGCCUGAGACAGCGAGUUGGGUCUCAGAGUGGCUGCGGGCGCAAUGGCCUGCCAGGGCGGGGACAGUGGAACGGGCCUGGUGGCUGGUGCAGACCCGCCUGAGUCUAGUCCUCCCCUUGGUGCUGCCUUCGUCCUGCGUGUGUCGCCAGGCAGCCUCACUUCAUUCAGGUUGGUCAAGCUCGAGGCAGGUGAGUGCUGGGCUGUGUACAUGUUUGUUUCUCUGCGUUAUCUGGGGGGUGCCUUGUAUAAAAUGGAGCUUCAUGACGUACUGAUUCUGGAACAAAACAGUUGCAAAAACAAAGCAAAAUGAAAGAGCUGGAGAAAUUAUGAGGCUGUCCUGCCACUCCUCUUGUGGGUUCCCUCCCAGUGACUCGGGCCCCAGAGGUGACGCUGCAGUAUAAAUGUUACUUCAUGUAUCGUACAAGUAAUUUAUUAACUUUUUCUGAAAGUAUGCUGCUCUUAAGAUGCACUAUGGUUUUGGAUUUAAUCCUUGUAUUGCUUUCCCAAGGAAGUAAAAAAAAGCUAGUGACUAGUAUGCCAGCUGCCCCUUGUCCUUCAAAAGGAGGGCAGGGACCAGCGACAGAACUUGCACAAGACAACUGCUCAGUCAGUGGGCACAAGGUGAAGUUCAAUGCUGUCGUCAAGAGGGCUAAACCUAUACUUUCUCUUUUAAUACUUUCUGAUUGCUGUUAAAAAAAGAAGAAAUGAACAAAUGUGUGGAAAGUACAAAUCUUUUAAGAAACCACCAAGUCCAGCCCCUACGAGCUGCUCUACAGAGUGUGGAGUAGCAUCCUUCUCUCAAAAUCGGUAAAAGCCUGCAAAGCUUUUUCAAAUCCCUGUGUGGCUAUCUAGUUCUAUACUUCAUACUCUGUUUAAUCUAGGAGCUGCCUAAUAAAUGGCCUCAAAGGGCUCCACUAUUGCUUACAGUUUGGGAGGAGUCGCAGAUCUAGAAGGAGUGAGAAUCAAGCUCUGUCCUCAAAUCACUGUAAAUAGACUAAGGAACAUAAUUUUUUUUUUUUAAGAAUAAAGCUGUUCACUGUAUCGUGUUUCUUCCCCAAACUGAGGAUUUUGUUGUAGGUUCAGGUUCUGGCGACUCAGUGCUCAGUGUAAUACACUGUGUGGAGUCAGAAUUCUUGCAGAAGUGCGUGUGCAUGGAGGCAUUUGUGUGUUCAAGCUGUAUGUUUCUAAUACUGCCUGAGCCAUCUCACGACCCAAGCAUCAGAGAUUGAUGCUGUAGAAUAGAAUAUGUUUGUAUACAAAUAGUGUGUGCAAAUAGUAUUUGUACAUAGAAAAGACCUACUGUGGCAGAUGGAGGAUAAAUUAUUCAACCGACGGUGCAAAAAACAUUUCUUGCAAAGAAAAGUUAAGUGUAUAGUAUUUUCCUACACUCCACCCUGGGAGAUAAUAUUUAUAUCAAAUGAAUAUCUGCAUUUUAAUUGUAAUUUGAAAAUGAUGCUACCGUUUGUGAAGCAUACCUACUUGGUUGCAGAGGCCCACUUCCGUAGCUUUGAUUUAACGGUGUGACGUGGUAUGUGCAUUUCAUUAUCAAGCAAUGGAUGAACGACUCUGACUUUCAUUUUCAUUCCAGUUUAUUGACCUCAGAUAAAAACAGUGGCCCUCCUUAGAAGCAGAAGUGCACCGAGACCACUCAUUUCAGGUAGACUCAAAUUCAGUGCCAAACGCUCCCGUGGGGAUGAUUGGACAUGUAUAUAAGGAAAAAGAGUGAAAGGACUUGGACAAAGAGUCCUACAGGUUGAUGCUAAGUCCUCUACCAAAACGUGUCUGGAGGCAGAGUGGCGACCUCCACUUGAGUCCUAACGGUGCAUUUUGCACAUGUGCAUGCCGGGAUGCCCAUUCACACUCUGAUGUAAAAGACCCGCCACUUGUAGUGAGUGAGGAAGAUCGCGAAUGCAUUUGGGAGCUUCGGUGCUGGUCAGACGGUGAGCCUUUCGAGGCAAGCACCACCUUGGCCUGUGAGGCCCAAAGGGCCUGUGAGAAUUUGUUCCAGAAGCAGUCUGGGGCAAGUGCACCUCUAAUAUAUGCCUUACAAACUCCAGAGGCCAUAUUCAAAACAGGGUCUUCUCAGUGUAUGCAAGGGGCUGCAGCUCCUCUUCUCUUCCUCCCCAGGUCGAACAAUACGGACAGUUUUCACACAUAUCUACCUGUAUAACCCUCUGUACCUCUCAUAACUGGUCAACGACUGUAACAGGUUACAUCAGGUGUUUUUCUACAUACUUUUUACACAGAUUCUAUGCGAUUAAUGUAACUUAAUUCAAUGCAUCAUUUUAUUGUACUAGUUCUUAGGCCUGUCCUUUUCUUUCUAAGUGAUUGUGGUUUUUGUUGUGGUUUUUUAUUGUAAAAAUGAAAUGGCUGUUGAUGCUUAUUCUCUGUAACUAAGAAUUUUUACCUUUUUGGGGAAAAAAGCAUUGAACUAAUGAAUUAAAACUUCAUUUACUCAUUGUAAAUACACUAUUGUGCAAAAGAAUUUUCCCUCAGUUGAAUUGCUAGUGUUAACUGAAUUUUGUCUAGACACCAUUUCUGUUGAUGAAAUAAAGACAUAUCAUUAUGCACUGUAAA